AAAAGGCCAUAAAAUAGGUGUCAUAUUUUAGUGCAAUAAAAUAUAACAUUGUUUAGUCUACUCUUAAACCCUCCACUCUCCCAAAGCUCUUGGGUUUUUGGCGGCUACCCCUUCUCCACGCCUUCCGUCUUUUCUUUCCCCAAAUUUCCUAGUGUUUACAAGUCUAGGGUUUUUCUUUUUCUUCUUCUCCUUCUUCUCUCUCUAAAUCUUCACCCUUGAUAUUGAUCAUGGCCAACUCUGAUCAAAUUGCAGAUUCACUAGGGAAAUUGUCUCUAGAUUCACAAGCCGUGACUGCAAAAGUUCCCGAUACCGUAAAGAAGGAUCUUUAUGGUGAUAAUGGCUCAUAUGUGUACGAGCAGACUUAUGGUUAUAUGCCAUAUGGGGUGUAUUCUAUGCCUAGUUCACCUCUUCCUGCUAUGGGACAUGACGGUCAACUUCAUGCUCUGCAAGAAUACCAUUAUCCAAGUCCUUAUUACCAGCCACUGCCUCAAACUAGUCAAGCCAAUGUUUCUCAAGUUGAGGUUUCAACUUCUGGUGUAGGUGAUCAAGCUUCCUUAUCCAUUGAAACAAAUAAGGGAAAUACAAGUACUAUCACAAAUGGUGGGGGCUUGAGUGGUAAUAGCGGAUCAGGUUCAUUGAAAUCAACUUUCAAAAGCUCCUCGUUAAAUCCGAAUGCUUCCUACAAAAGAGGAGGCUUGGCAACAGGUAAUCUAUCCCUAGGCUUUAGCUAUGAUGGGAUUCAGUCAACAAUUCCAUGGUUAGAUAUGUCGAUGUCUUCUAAUGGGCAAUCAAAACAUGCUGCACAUGGUGGAUUCUCCUCAUAUACGAACAACGCUUCAUCGGGCAGGAAUCAGAACCUUCACCAUUUCCCUCAUGUUAUGAAUUUGCACAAUGCAAGGCCAUCAUCAGGUGUGGCCCAAGCAUAUGGGUACAUGAACCACAUGUACCCUAGCAACAUGACCUAUGAUCACUAUGGUAAUGCCAUUAGAGGUGGUUCUGGUUUUGGAUCAUAUGGUUAUGAUGCCUGGAAGAAAGGACUAGGGUGGUAUCCUGUUGGUAACAACAUCAAAUCAAAGGGUCGUGGUUAUGGAAAAGAAAGUAUGAAUGGUUUAAAUGAGCUGAACAAAGGACCUAGAGUGAAAGGAUAUAGGAGUCAGGAUGGUGUCGAAGCUGCAACACUAGCUGUCAAAGAACCGAACCUUCCACUGAUAGAGAGCGACAAGGAGAACAAUGUUUCUCUUGUUCCAGAUAUCGAGCAGUAUAAUAAAGAAGAUUUUCCUGAGAGUUAUUCAGAUGCAAAGUUCUUCAUCAUUAAAUCCUAUAGUGAGGAUGAUGUCCACAAAAGUAUCAAAUACAAUGUGUGGGCCAGUACAUCUACUGGCAACAAGAAACUUGAUGCAGCAUUUCACGAGGCCAAGGGGAAGCCUGAUAGCUGUCCGGUGUUUUUAUUGUUCUCGGUUAAUACCAGUGGACAAUUUGUCGGAGUAGCAGAGAUGGUGGGCCCUGUUGAUUUUAACAAAACUGUAGAAUAUUGGCAACAAGACAAGUGGACCGGUUGCUUCCCUGUGAAGUGGCACAUCAUUAAGGACGUGCCAAACACUUCAUUGAGGCACAUAACACUUGAGAACAAUGAGAACAAGCCUGUUACUAAUAGUAGGGACACCCAAGAGGUAAAUUUUGAGCAGGGGGUUCAAAUUCUCAAAAUAUUUAAGGAUCAUUUCAGUAAGAUGUGCAUUCUCGACGAUUUUGAAUUCUACGAGGCUCGUCAAAAGAUAAUCCAAGAAAAAAAGACUAAACAUCAGUUGUCACAAAAACAGAUCCAGUUUUCAAGUGGGCAGCCUAAAGAAGAUGUUGUAACUGAUAACAAAAAAAAUGCAGCAAUAACAAAUGAGACUUUGGAAAAAUCCGUAGAGGCAGCUUUGAUAGAACCAACUGUUGCAUCGAAAGGUGAGAAUGGAAAUAUGAAACCCGUAGAAGAGAAUGGAUCGGUUGCUGCAACUGAAGGCGACAACCCCACAAAAGCAGUUAGUGUAGGGAAUGCUUGCUAAUUUGGCUUCUUAGAUUAUAGAAUAGAAUUGUAGUUUUGGGAUGGUUAUUAUUAACAAGCUUAGCUAAUUCAUAUCUACCUUUCAGCCUUUACUCGUAGCAAUUAAGCUUUGCAUCGUGAGACAAUCUCGAUUGAGAUUUUUUUCAUUUUGUUUGUGAUUUUAAUCUGUUUCCUUUGUUUCUAUUAAUGAGAAAGAGUUGAAGAAGAAAAAAAAUAAAAGGCAAUGAGAAAGAA